AUGACUUUGGAACAUUUUUGCUCGUUACCUAGUUCCAAGAAACCAUUUCAACUAACACACAAUCAACUGAUUCAUCUUGCCAUGGAAAAUAAAACACCAAUAAAACAAAUAGUGUCAAUUCGUAAUGAUCAAAAAUCAAAAAUAUUUGAUCAGGCACAACUCUGUAAUUUGAUCAAUCAAAACAAUCGACCAAGUGCAAUACAAAAGUCUACUGAUCUUACUCAAUCGACUGACGACAGAUCACUUCGUAUUCAGCAAUAUGUUUAUUUGACUUGCGAACAAAUUUUUUCUCUUGCAAAAUUUUCUAAUAUUAAACUUGAUCAAUUGAUAAUUUGUACAAAAGAACAUAUUGAUAUGAUAGAAUUUCGUUUUAAACCAGAACAACUAGCUACAUUGUGGGAUAUGAACAUAAUGACAGAUGAUGCUGAAUACAAUGCAUCUUUACUAGGAUCAAUAUCUCAAUUUAUUCUCAGUGAUGAACAAUUUAGUAGUUUACUUCAUUCAGUUUCUACUUCUAUUUUUUCAACACAUUAUAAAUCAAUAAUUAUGACGAAGUCGAAUUUAGAAUCAAUAUCACCAUAUGUUCCAUUCUUACCAUAUUCAUUGAUCCAAUCCAAUAAAUCUAUCAAUAUUAUAGAAAGAUCAACUGAUAUGCAAAAUCGAUUAUACUCUCCUCUUGCCGAUCAAUUGACAGCUAUGCAUGAACGACUUAAAUCAAGUAUACAAACUCAUAUUGAAACAGUUGAAAUGGUAUCGAAUAUAAUAUUAAAACGUAAUCGUAUUGAAAAUACUCUCAAUUUUGUUCAUCAAUUGAGUCUACAUUCUAUUGAUGAUAUAUCUACUAAAGAAGUAGAAACUAUUCCAUCAUACAUACUCGACUUACUCAAAAUAAACACAAUAACAGAGAAUAUUUAUAAGUUAAUUAAACAAGGUGAAAUAACAUCAGAUAUACUAGAAAAAUCCGAUAAGCUUACUACAAAAUCUAAAGAAAUCAUUGAUCUUAUUGCAAGUGGCAACUUAAACAAGACAAUAAUCGAAAGUAUUCAAACUUAUGACCUUAAUUUUCCUCAAAUUUAUAAAAUUCAAACACAACUACUUACUCCAAAACUCAUUGAAGAAUUCAAAUCAGGACAUCUCUCGAAACAUAUUCUUGAUGCAUAUAAAAGUCAAUCACCAUUGCAAAUUAUCAAUAAAGUUCGUUCAUCAGUAACACAAUUGAAUACAUUAAUUCUUCAACAGUCAUCAAGUAUUUCUCAGUUAGAUACUACAAUAGUACCAAUCGUACAACAGACAGCAGCACAAAAUAUUAUCACACCUAAUAAUAUAUUCGAAGGUAAUGAAUAUGAAUACGAAAAAAAACAAAUUUCACCUAACGAAAAUAGUCAGUACAGAAAAAAAACAAGUUCCUUGAAAAAAGUGUUUCACCUUUCCAAAUAA